AUGGAGCCAGAGAUUGACCCAGCUUCCCUCUUCCGGCCGGGCAAGAGGCGGAAGUUUCAGCGACGCCGGCCAGAGGACAACGACGAGGAAUCUCCAUCUGCGACAGAAGAUGUCGCUCUUAUUUCAGAAUCAUCUACGCCUUCGUCCUGGCAGGAACCCUCGCCGAAUUCCGUCCCAACAGCCGAUAUUCUUCGUUCGCGACGGCUUCAGCGAGCUCGAAAGGGUGGCAUAGAAUUCUCCGCCACCUCGCGGCCACCGGCCGGUAAGAAUAGCCAAACCGCCGUUUCAACUGUGGCGGAGGAGGACCAAGAAAAUGAAAGAUUGCGAGCAAUGUGCGAUCGAUUUACGGCCCAUACUGGCCAAACGGUUGACGUUGACAAGCAUAUGUACGGCUCCCCGUCUCUGUUUCCGUGCUUCGCAUGCGCUCCAGCUGCAAUGGCGACUAACAAGAUAAGGAUGGAUUUUAUAGAGUCUGAAAUGGCUAAGCGAUACCGGCGCGAUAUGCCGACCGAGAUCGCGAUGCAUGAUACACCUUCGGCAACUGAACCGAAGGCUGCUGCUCUGUCUUCUGCUGACCUUCCACAACGCGGACCAGCGUCUCUGGGGAAACUGCACGAAAUCGAUCUGGGUCACGAGACUAAGUUGCAGAAUAUCGCCCGCACAGAGGCAGCGACGAAGAGACUCGCCGGAGACGGCGGUCAAACCCCUCCCACCGAGCAGAGCCCCGGGCCUAAGAUGGCCCCAGCGAAUGGGGACCAGAAAACGUGGCGCAAUCGGAAACGACGGACUAGUGAAGACAUCGAACGAGAUCGACUAGUGGAGGAAGUAUUACGGGAAAGUAAAUUGGAUGUCUAUGAGGGACCAGAAGAGGAAGGUGACGAAGCAGUGGGUGAGGAUGGGCAAGCGGCCGAUGAUAGGGUGGCAGAGCAGUUCAGAAGGGACUUUCUCGAUGCCAUUCAAUCCCGGCGUCGUGUUGCGCGAGCAAGGAAUACGAAGACAACCAAGCCUGAUGCUCCACGCGGGCCUAAAUUGGGAGGCAGUAGAAGUGCCAGAGCUGCGAUGCGGGAGAUGCAAGAGAAGUCUACCCGUAAAUGA